AGAGAAUAAGUGAUAGUGAAGUCUCUGACUACGACUGUGACGAUGGAAUUGGUGUAGUAUCAGAUUAUAGACACAAUGGCCGAGAUCUUCAAAGCUCAACAUUAUCAGUGCCAGAACAAGUUAUGUCAUCAAACCAUUGUUCACCCUCAGGUUCCCCUCAUCGAGUAGAUGUUAUAGGAAGGACUAGAUCUUGGUCACCCAGUGUCCCUCCACAAAGUCGGAAUGUGGAACAGGGACUUCGAGGGACUCGCACUGGACAUUAUAAUACAAUUAGCCGAAUGGAUAGACAUCGUGUCAUGGAUGACCAUUACUCUCCAGACAGAGACAGUCAUUUUCUUACUCUACCUCGCUCCAGAUACAGUCAGACCAUUGAGCAUCAUCACAGGGAUGGCAGGGAUUGUGAAGCAGCAGAUAGACAGCCAUAUCACAGAUCCAGAUCAACAGAACAACGGCCUCUCCUUGAGCGGACCACCACCCGCUCCCGAUCCACUGAACGUCCUGAUACAAACCUCAUGAGGUCGAUGCCUUCAUUAAUGACUGGAAGAUCUGCCCCUCCCUCACCUGCCUUAUCGAGGUCUCAUCCUCGUACUGGGUCUGUUCAGACAAGCCCAUCAAGUACUCCAGUGGCAGGACGAAGGGGCCGACAGCUUCCACAGCUUCCACCAAAGGGAACGCUGGAGAGAAACAAUGGAGUCAAGGAGAUAGAACCUUAUGAAGAAGAAGUGGACUCCACAAGGAGAAGAUAUGCAGGUGCUAUGGAUAUAGAGGAGAGAAAUCGCCAAAUGAAAAUUAACAAAUACAAACAGGUAGCCGGAUCAGAUCCCAGACUGGAACAAGAUUACCAUUCAAAGUAUCGAUCAGGAUGGGAUCCUCAUAGAGGGGCAGAUAAUGUUUCUACUAAAUCUUCGGACAGUGAUGUAAGUGAUAUAUCUGCGGUUUCAAGGACUAGUAGUGCUUCUCGUUUCAGCAGCACAAGCUACAUGUCUGUCCAAUCAGAACGGCCAAGAGGAAACAAGAAAAUCAGUGUCUUUACAUCCAAAAUGCAAAGCAGACAAGUGGGCAUGUCAGGGAAGAACAUGACUAAAAGCACCAGCAUCAGCGGAGACAUGUGCUCGCUGGAGAAGAACGAUGGCAGCCAGUCUGACACUGCAGUGGGCGCCUUGGGCUCCAGCGGCAAAAAGCGGCGCUCUAGCAUUGGGGCCAAAAUGGUAGCUAUUGUUGGUCUCUCACGGAAAAGUCGCAGCGCUUCCCAGCUCAGCCAAACGGAAGCAGGAGGUAAAAAACUCCGGAGCACUGUCCAGAGAAGCACAGAAACAGGCCUGGCAGUGGAAAUGAGGAACUGGAUGACACGACAGGCCAGCCGUGAGUCUACAGACGGUAGCAUGAACAGCUACAGCUCGGAGGGAAAUCUGAUUUUUCCUGGUGUCCGCUUGGCCUCUGACAGCCAGUUCAGCGAUUUUCUGGAUGGCCUUGGCCCUGGUCAGCUAGUGGGACGCCAGACUCUGGCUACACCUGCAAUGGGUGACAUUCAGGUGGGAAUGAUGGACAAAAAGGGACAGUUGGAGGUGGAAAUCAUCCGGGCCCGAGGCCUUGUUGUAAAACCAGGUUCCAAGACACUGCCAGCACCGUAUGUAAAGGUGUACCUAUUAGAUAACGGAGUCUGCAUAGCCAAAAAGAAAACAAAAGUGGCAAGAAAAACGCUGGAACCCCUUUACCAGCAGUUAUUAUCUUUCGAGGAGAGUCCCCAGGGAAAGGUUUUACAGAUCAUCGUCUGGGGAGACUAUGGCCGCAUGGAUCACAAAUCCUUUAUGGGAGUGGCCCAGAUACUUUUAGAUGAACUAGAGCUAUCCAAUAUGGUGAUCGGAUGGUUCAAACUUUUCCCCCCUUCCUCCCUAGUAGAUCCAACCUUGGCCCCUCUGACAAGAAGAGCUUCCCAGUCAUCUCUGGAAAGUUCAACCGGACCUUCUUACUCUCGUUCAUAGCAGCUGUAAAACUGUUGUCACAGCAACCAGCGUUACAAAAAAAAAUCACAGGUCGCAAACCCUGGUAACACUGCAUGCUUAAUGUUGUGUCUUCUGAGCCUGUUUCUAGGGAUACAAAGCGAUCCUGUGUUCUCAGAGGAAGUCGCACACAUUGUGCCCUAAAGAAGGCCCUCAGGUGAAAGAGCAGAGCUACAAAGAACUAUCAGGUUUGGAGUUCAGUGGCACUCGCGUUUUGGUCCAAUCUGAAGCCAUGGAUUAAUCUCAAAGAAUCAGUCAGUUUCAUGCAACAAAAACCCUUUUCAAUGGCACCUUUAUAUUUCUAUCGUUCCUUUUUCUUCAUUUAUCUGAUCCCAAAGCCCUGUUAUGCCACAGAAAUGGAGCUGUACAGCCAUGAAGCCAUGUUACAGGUCAAGGAGCGAAGUCCUAAGAAGCAUCAGGUGAAAAGCCGGAGACCAAAGAAGUGGUCGGGAACAAAGCAUCGGCCCUCCUCUGGCUGGCGGUGCGUGCGUCUAGGCCAGCGGGAGGAGCAGCAAACUUGGAGUUCACAGGCCGCCUUUCACUCAUGCCAAGAUGUGUUGGACUCUGCAAAACCAAAUUCUGUGGCUGCACUGUACUGAAUGAAAUUAAAGAAACUUUUUUUGCAUGGACACGGAUUAGCUGAAUACUUAAAUUAUUUUCUUGGGGCUGCAACUUGCAAAAAAAGAAUAAAAAUCAGCCAUUUUCAACAAUUUAUAUUAUUUUUAAAAAUAAAUUUCACUAGUGCAUGGUUUUAAAAAGGGGAGAGAAUGCAACAGGUGAUACAAAGACACACCAUGUUUAUUCUUUAAAGUAAUCAUAGUCUGUGUUUUGGCAGACAUUACAAGUGGAAAUUCUUUCUAGAAGAUAACUUAAAAUUCUCUUUAUGUGACAAAUAAGUAUAAUAUAUUCCAUUUAUUUCCAUGUUAAAUAUACAAAUCUUAUGAGGUUCAAUAUGUGCAAAUUUUUCACAUCUUUCUUCCCUCACUAUUACUCUUCUGCCUCUUUUAAUAUAAUUUGUUUUCUUUCUCCCAACCAGAGUGAACCUUAUAUUAAGAAAUUCCAGGUUUUAGAUCUGAUUCUCUCUUAUACCCCAUGUUUGAUUCAGAGCUGUAAAUGCUUCUGAAUUUAUGAAUUUCUCAAGGGACAAACACCUAUUUAAGAACUUUCUUUAUUUCAAGCAUGUUGAAAAGGAUUUUGCAACAUGACUUGGGAGUACAUUAAAGUAAGUCAGCAUGUAUUUGACGAAGAUAUUUGAACUUUUGCAAUUUAUUGUACAGUGCAUGGUAAUUUUUUUUUCACCUUCAAAAUUCAGUUUACAGGAAAAAUCCUAAAAUCAUGUGGCCAUCGUAAUGUCUAAUAAAUUUGUUUUUAGCACCAGCAUUAUUCAUACAGGGGUUAAAAUAUUAUUUGUAGAAGGUCUUAGAUUUUGUUUGUUUUUUUAAUUAGUUAGAGCAAUUUCUUUAGCCAGUUUCCAUUUACUAUGUGAAUAGAAACACUGCUAAAAAUGUGGAGCCCUGAAACACAGGGAUGUUUAUUAAUUCAUUUUUCUGUAGUAAAAUUCAAUUUUUCACAAAGUAUAUUUCUAAAGAAAUAUAGUAAACAUAAAUUUGCAAGAAACAAUUUUAAAUCUCCAAUUUUUAGGUGAUUCAAAGAAAGUCAAUAUGACUAUUAAUAGUUCUUUGAUGCCAUCACCAAAAGUCUACUCAAAAACCCCCUAAAGUCAAAACCCCUGCCUUUGGUUUUACGGACAGUUAUUACCAUUGGGUGGCGCUGCAAGGUCAGAUUUCUCUUAAGUUCCCCUCUUUAGAGGAGAAGUCACUGGUUAUUAUUAUCAACUGCCCAUACUUUCUGGUUCUUUAUGUAUAUUUUGAUAGCACUAUUAUAGCUGGAUUUUCAUUUUUUGCAAUAAGUUUUGAAAUCUGCUUGCCUCUCAUUUGUUUAAAUUAAGGCCAUGCACAAAAAAUUGUUUUUUUUUUUAAUUUAGUGCUGACCAUUAAAAACUAUCAUGCUUGAUACGGUGCAAAAGUUAAAAUAUGAGUAUCACUAAAAAUGCCUUCUCUUUAUGUGGUGCAAUAUGAAAUACACCAAGACUGUGUCUUGACGUUCUGAGAUCUAUGAUGGGCCCAGGUAAAGCUGUUUUAAAGAAUGAAUAAAACUUUAUUGAAAUAAUUUAGACACCUGUGUACCAGCAACAAUUGAUUUAAUAGACAUAUAGUGUCUAUACUAUCCCUUAGAAUAAACGUUUACGAUUUUCCUGAUACUAAGAUGCAGUCACAUAAUCUUUUGUGCAUAUUCCUAUACAAAUUAUUUCUAAUUUUAAUAAGAAGGACAUGACUGUAUGGAAUAUUUGUACAUACUUGUCAUUAUGCAGUAUUUAUUUAAAAGUUGGUGUUUUUUUUUUUUUAAUUUUCACAUGUCUGCACCUCAACUUGUGGUUUCGUCAUGUAAAUAGCACUACGCCAGUGACCAUGGCUGCCCUGUACAUACAGUAUGUCUGCAAAGUAAAGGGAAUUCCAGUUGGGAAAAAAGGGCAGAUUAGUCUUGUAAUGAACACCAACUAAUGUAAAUCAAAUUCAUUCUGGUGAUGGUAUUUAACACUUUAAAUAAAACAUUUUCUUUACA